UCAAGUUACAAAUUUGGUAAAUAAUCAUUGAAAUUUCGUACAUCUCGAAAAAAAAGUCAUGGCUGUGCAUUGGGACUUGAUAUUUAGUAAUUUAUCGGAUCGAAUCGACGAUUUGGAAAAGGAAGUAUCAGAACGACUACCCGAAAUGUGUGCUGUCGAGGCGAAGGUAUCGUACAAUAAUCUUAUAUCCGUUUACAAGGAAAUGGUUGAAUACGAAACUCAAGCAAAGACAAUCGCUGAUACCGAUAGAUAUUAUCUGAUCAAUCAGCUAUUUGCUAAUCGAAAAACCCACUUGAGGGUGUUCAAGCUUAAACUAAAACUGGCGAAAAUUUUCUCUUCGGACGAAUCCAUACUACCGACUGAAACCGACACGAAUCUAGAUAUUCAAUCCAAUCCAACAAAACAGCCAACAACAGAAUCUAAAAUCAACAAUGAUCAGUCUCUUCAUCAAUCAACGAAGACUGAUUCGAAAAAUACUACAGUAUCGUUAUCUAAACAAUCGACGAAACCCGAGCCACUUCAUCCUGAACAAAUCGAAUCAUCGAAAUUAAAAACCGAUCUUCAAGAGACAAAUCUCAAACGUAAACUCGCCAAUCUUGAAGAAUUGUACAAUCGCUUGUUCGGAUGCCUAUGUUGGGUUAGAACAGUUUUUGAGGAGUUCCCCACACGUAGGCAACAAGAAGACAUGAUCGGAAAAAUCACCCAAGAAAUUUGUUAUUAUCAAGAGGAGCUGGAAAAAAUCAUGCAACCAUGAAACUUUUAUCGAUAAGGUAUCGGUGAAAUCCAGCUCCACCUCUCUUCAUCAUCGUAAAGAAAAACCUUAAAACAUCCAAAAUAAAAUCUUUCAUUUUCAAUAUAAAAAUAUAUUAGGUAUACCUUCUAUGAUUAAGUGGUCCAACUCGAAACACUCCCAUCGGUUUUUUUAUAAUUUAAAAUUUUCAAACAUUUACUUUACUCUUUACUGUCACUUAUCAGUGAUGUAUUCGAAGAUUAAGGGAGGGGAUUUUGCAUUUAUUACUCUUAAAAUAUGAUUAUCUACCUACAUAUUAUAAUAUUAUAAUUAUAUCUACAGUACCUA